AGAACAUAUACAAGUCAUGAUUGGAGCAACUAAAGUUGAGAAGCGGAACCGGCCGCCCAAGUCCUGCGAGCCCUGUCGAACACGAAAGUUAAAAUGCAACAGAAACCUGCCUUGCGAUUCGUGCAUAAAAAAAAACAAGCAGUCGCUCUGUCACUAUGCUUCCAAUGCCGACAGACACGAUAAGCGCGCCGAUAAAAAUGAAUCGGUUGCUGAUCGGCUCAAGAACCUGGAGAGUCUGAUCGCCGCAGUUGCUGAAAAGACACAGAAGCCAAGCCCUACAUCUUCUAUGUAUAAUAAUGAUAACACGGCCCAGACACAACAUGGGGUAGCCGGAAUUGAUAACAUGCACCUUGCCGACAACUCCAGAUCAGAGGCUCUCGCCAACAGAGAGAACGCAGCUAGCGGCCUUGUAGGCCAAGUCGACUCGAGCCACUGGUCCUCUAUCUUGGAUAACAUCAGAGCUAUUCGCGAUGAACUACCUGCUGCAAGCCCGCAAGCCUCGACCCUCAGCUCAGUUACGCUCAACAAUGGCGCGUCCGCGAGUGAGGCGGAUUUCGACAUGGGAUCCCCAGAUGGCGUGACCAUUGAGCGUAUUUUAUCAGACUUGCCGCCACGACAAGUCUGCGAUACACUUGUGUCUGUGUUCUUUCUAUCGCACUACACCAUGAUGCCGAUCCUACAUCCGACAAAGUUCCAGCAAGAGUAUGAAUCAUUCUGGGUCUCUCCAUCAGACGCAUCACCGGUUUGGAUAGCACUGCUUCUAGCUCUUCUCAGUCUAUCAGCAGGCGUAUAUGAAAUCUCAGGAAUGGCCCGAUCUUCCCAAUUCCCUAUCCCCUCCAGCAAAGCUCUGUCCAAAAAGACGCAAGAAUGUCUCCUAUUGAGUAACUACACCACAGCCAACGAACACGCCGUCGAAGCAUUCCUUCUUCUCCUCGUCGGAUGUUGGCUUCGUGCCAAAGUCUCCGAUACUAAUCUCUGGUUCCUCAUGGGCAGGGUAGUGCAACUUGCCAUCUGCAAAGGUUAUCAUCGAGACUCGACAAAAGUGCCAGGCUCUCAAGUCUCUCCGUUCGACGGGGAGAUGAGGAGACGAGUUUGGGUCUGUCUGUAUCAGCUUGAUUCUCUCAUGUCAUUCCAGAUGGGUCUACCAAGCAUGAUACCAUCAGACUUCUGCGAUACAGAGCUACCGAGGAACUUGAGGCAAUCGGACUUUUAUCCUGGUAUCGCGGAACUACCCCCGCCGAGGCCUCUUUCUGAGGCUACGACUAUCUCCUAUGCUAUCAUCAAAGCCUCUGUCAUGGGCAUGUUCAAGAAGGUAGUCAAACAUAUUCGAUACGUGACACCAAUGUCCUAUGAAGACACAAUCUCACUAGACGCUGAAGUCAGGGCAGCGUAUGGCAAGAUACCCGAUAACUUCAAGUAUAAGUCUCUCACUAGCUUCAUCGUCGACGAGAUUAGUAUCAUAAUGAGCAGAACAACUAUAGAGCUACUGUACCUCAAGAGUAUCAUCGUUCUUCAUCGACAAUACCUUACAGAUCGACAAGACAGCAGGUUUGCGUUCUCAAGAAAGGCCUCCCUUGAGGCUGCGGAAAGGUUACUUGAAAGACAGGCCGAGAUAAACCAGCUUACGUUGCCAGGUGGUUUACUUCAUGAUAAGAAGUGGAUGAUCACGUCGUUGACGCUGAGUGAUUUUACUCUGGCUGCUAUGGUUAUCUGCUUGGAUCUCACCGUUGCCAUGCGAAAUAGUAUGAAAACGGGAACUAAUACAGAGGAAGAAGAACUUCGCAAGAACUUGAAGAUCAUCGAAAAGGCCCACGACAUAUGGUCUAGUUCGUCAGAGACUUCGGAGGGACGAAUAGUUUCCCAUGCUCUAGACUCGACCAUCCGGCGCGUGAACGAUUUCAUCAACACCUCACCAGCUGCGCAGGGCUGGUCAGCUUCUGCAACAGAGACACCCGACUAUAUAAUGAACAAUUUCGACAUGAUGGACAGCAUUGACUGGAGUCUUCUCGAUAAUCAGAUCCAAGACCCAAGCAGCAUUCAAGACUUUGAUCUAGAUAUGUGGCUUAUGGAUACGGCUGGACCUCUGGAAUCGUUGUGAUUGGUAUCUAACGGUUUCUCCGAGAAGUGGCGUUGCUGAAGGAUUAUUGAUUAAGAUUCGAGGCACGUAUAGCUGAUGUGGCUUGCGGCUGAAGACUAGAAAGGGGAUGAUUUCAGCGCCUACAGGGACAUAUCUCGAAGACCGGACGCCCCGAAGCCCUCCCUCCUCAGUGGUUUCAUAUUAUCGAUGGCUAAGCUGAAUGCCAUGCUCGACAAUCUAUCGAUAGCUCCAGCGAUUUCGCCACUAUGCAGACCAGUCGAGGCCUCAAAAUAUUCGCCAGGGCAAUUAAUUAAAUGAGUUUCUCAAGGUUCUGGUAUCGGCUGAUUCUUGAAGCUAAGUAUGCAUGUCUCACUGGCAUCAAUGAUAGUCAUCCCGAUUCGUCCAAUGUGGCUGAUAUGGCUGGAGCUGAGCUGCUACCCCGGCUGGCGGAGCGCGUGCCAGCCAAAGCCAGGGAGUCAAGACGCGAUUGACAAGAGUCCGAAUCGAAAAUUGAAC